AUGCCGGACCCUCCGUUGGCAGCAGUCCCACAACCACCAAUGGCAGCAGUUCCACAACCACCAAAGGCAGCAGUUCCACAACCUCCAAUGGCAACAGUCCCGCAACCACCAAUGGCAGCAGUCCCGCAACCUCCAAUGGCGGCAGUCCCACAACCACCAAUGGCAGCAGUUCCACAACCACCAAAGGCAGCAGUCCCGCAACCUCCAAUGGCAGCAGUCCCACAACCACCAAUGGCAGCAGUCCCACAACCACCAAAGGCAGCAGUCCCGCAACCUCCAAUGGCAGCAGUCCCGCAACCUCCAAUGGCAGCAGUCCCGCAACCUCCAAUGGCAGCAGUCCCGCAACCACCAAUGGCAGCAGUCCCGCAACCUCCAAUGGCGGCAGUCCCACAACCACCAAUGGCAGCAGUCCCGCAACCACCAAUGGCAACAGUCCCGCAACCACCAAUGGCAGCAGUCCCGCAACCACCAAUGGCAGCAGUCCCGCAACCUCCAAUGGCGGCAGUCCCGCAACCACCAAUGGCAACAGUCCCGCAACCACCAAUGGCAGCAGUCCCGCAACCUCCAAUGGCAACAGUCCCGCAACCACCAAUGGCAGCAGUCCCGCAACCUCCAAUGGCGGCAGUCCCGCAACCUCCAAUGGCAGCAGUCCCGCAACCACCAAUGGCAGCAGUCCCGCAACCACCAAUGGCAGCAGUCCCACAACCACCAAUGGCAGCAGUCCCGCAACCUCCAAUGGCAACAGUCCCACAACCACCAAAGGCAGCAGUCCCGCAACCUCCAAUGGCAGCAGUCCCGCAACCACCAAUGGCAGCAGUCCCGCAACCACCAAUGGCAGCAGUCCCGCAACCACCAAUGGCAGCAGUCCCGCAACCACCAAUGGCAGCAGUCCCGCAACCACCAAUGGCGGCGGGAACUGUUCAGGCAACAUCUCCCCUGUUUCAUCAGGGCGUACCAUUACCAAAGGUUUGCUUGCUUCCUUCGCAGUACCUGCCGUCCGGUUUUCAUCCUGCUGGGGGCGCGGCCCGGCCUCCUGAGUUGUCAGAGGAGCAGAAGCGGGAGUUGGAGCGGGCCGCGCUUCGAGAACUCGCCAGUGCUUCAGGAGACCACAAUCGAGAACCUGAGGAGGUGGUGAAGACGCUUGCGGGUCGUUUGUUUUUCUUAAGCCGAUGCGACGUGGCUACAAUGUUGACGAAUGUUGCGACUUCCGUGCAGUCUCUUGGGCGUCACGAUGUGGGACUACUUGCCAAUGAGGACGGAACGACUUUUACGUUUAUCCAGUCCCCGCACUACGGCACAGACAACUUUGCUGAGGGACUGCAGCACCCCUCAAGGCACCGGCGUGCAGUCGAGGAUGCGAAGGAAAGAAUUAAUCGAUCGGAUUGUCGCUCUAGGGAGAGGUUUUUACGUGCUGCGCGUGCUGGUACGCCAUCUAACGUGGAGGAGCGCCGGUCCCCGAAUCCCCCAAAAUCAACAAAGAGGUCAACAUCUAUAGCGGCAAGAGAUUUCCCAAAGUCAACGUAUGAACAAAUACAGGAGGUACUUCAAGAGCAGAGAAGGACUUCAAGGCAUGAGAAGAGAGGUGCUUCUGCUUCACGCAAAGGCCAAAGGCGCCCAUCGUCGGCGGACGGCGGUUAUCUUCUUUGGCGGUACGGCGGGAAGUAUCCGCAGGAGUGUUUGUACGAGAACUACCGUUUGCGUGGAAUGAGAGGGCGUCAGCACUAG